AUUAAAGGGGGAGGAGAAGAGAGGGCGAGAGGAUUCGAUGCCGGACGUGUUUCGCCACUUUGACGGGCUCGAAGGAAGAAUUCGCGGUUUUACCGCGUUGACUGAGAAAUAUGGAGAUGCCGGCCGGUAAAGAUUCAAUCUCCAGCCCGUGGCUGGGUUUCCUUGGGAAUCUCCCCGUGGGAGAAAUGGAUGUAUCCAUCUGAUCGACGGCUCAGGAUGUGCCCAUACCCGGCAGUCUGCCGUUCAGUUUUGGUUUAAUUCUCUGGAAGUUGGGAUACAUCUCGUACGACAACUUUCCGGUGGAAUGAACGAUGCAGCCCAACUUUAAAUGUCUAGAUGUGCCGAGACGCUGCUUUCGGGUUGUAAAUAUGAAUGUAUGACUUUGAGAUUGUUAAUUUUGUUUUACUCGCAGUUCUUUUUUUUUGUUUUGUUUUUCUGAUUGAUUUCAUUAAUCCAAAACCAGUUAAGACGGUGCUGGUCAUUUUCUUUUUUUUAGCAAGCUAUAUGCCUGUUGCUUACCACGCUGGACAGGGCUACCAAACAGGAUUCCAGAUGGAUGCUGUCGUAAGCUGACCCGCCACACUCUUCCGCCUCCUUCUCCUCCGCGGCCCCAGUGGUGUCGGCUAUGUUAGGGAGAUGGGUGGCAGCUGGCACGCGCGAUCGCUGUCAGAGCAGCUGCGCUGGGCGGUGCUGGUGCUCUCCCUGUGUGGGCAGGGCGCCCUCUUGUGCCCGGAGGGCUGCCAGUGCGCCUGGGACAGCGGCACUGUGCACUGCGCCAACGCCGGCCUGCGGGAGGUGCCCACGGACAUACCCAGGGACACCGUCAGCCUCCACCUCGAGGGGAACCAGAUCAGUACCAUCCCGGACGGGGCGUUCCAGAACCUGCCCCACCUGCGGGACCUUUACCUGUCCCACAACCGCAUCGAGAACCUCUCCCCGGGGGCCUUCCGCCACCUGAGCCCGGACCUCAAGCUCCUGGACUUGUCGGACAACCAGCUGCGCCAGGCCAACCGGGAGGACUUCGGCUCCACCAGGGCCAAGACCCGGCUCUACCACAACCCCUGGCACUGCACCUGCGCCCUGCAGGAGCUGAUGGAGACGCUGAACCUGGAGCCCGAGACGGUGAACGGCAUCGUGUGCGAGAGCUCGGCGCGGGGCGGCGAGCACGCCGGGCAGCCCCUGGUCAAGCUGCUGGACGCCGGGGUGAACUUCUGCAGCCUCCAGCGCAAGACGACCGACGUGGCCAUGCUGGUCACCAUGUUCGCCUGGUUCGGCAUGGUGAUCGCCUACGUGGUCUACUACGUGCGGCAGAACCAGGCCGAGGCCCGCCGCCACCUGGAGUACCUCAAGAGCCUGCCCAGCCCCCGCAAGACCCCCACUGAGACGGACACCCUCAGCACCGGCUUCUGAGGAGACCCCUCCCCCUCUGCCUCGAUGCUCUCGGACUCCCCGGACACAGCACUGGACCGUGACUCCAGGAACCCAAGGAUCCCAGCCUGGCUGGGCUCUUCCUGUGCUGCUGAUGGGUGAGGGGUGAAUCGGCUCUCCGCCCACACAUGCUGAAAUCAAAGCCCCCCCCAAUCUCCUCCCUGCUGGGCACCUUGGUUGUGCUUUUCAGAUUCCCAUGAUGAGCUCCAGAGCCGCACACAUCCAAACAGCUCUCACGGCCGGGAAACUGCUCUGGACUUCACUGCAGCACGAGCUCCAAAUUGCUUGUUACUUAUGCAGCUGGAGCCGUCAUAAUAUUUUGAACACCUUAUGAUUAAAACAUGGCGUGCUGUGGAGUGCGAGAACUGGCCUUUGUGCAUCUAGGCCGUAUGGAAAUUUCUGCUGCAUGUGAUCAAAACAUGCCACUGUGCAGUUUAACAGAUGUAAAGCAGAAAGGUUUUAUUUUAGAAGGUCGGCAGAGAGGCUCUGCUUCUUUUGUCAGCAAGGCCUGUAAUUAUGAAGCUCACUGCUGAGGGGGGGUCGCAGAGCGAGAACGGGGGGUCCUGUUGAUGGCUCUUCAAACCUGCUUCAUGCAUCUGCUGCAGGUUUGCAAGCUGUAACCUAACUUUCAUGUGCAACUACACCAAUAAGUCCCUUAUCAUUUCGAGGGGCUGUUAUGCAGUUUCUGUGCAGUAAUCCCGAGGAUAAGCUGAUCCCCACUGACACUGGCACUGAGGCUGAAAGCUAGUUUGCUUUUAUUGUCUUGAGAAAUGUCUGAAAGCGGCCAGAUUAAGGAUGACUGAAACUUCUUUCCAUUUAAUUUUCUGCAUGCUGACAUGCAGUCCCGUCCCCCCCAUUGAGAAAGCCCCCUGCUCCAGCCAGUGGUUAAUCAAGGUGUCCCCCCACCUCAUGCACCCCAUUCCUAUUCCUAUGCCCCCCCCAGUAUUUUGUGCAGUUGUACAGUAAAUGUCCUCAAUGAAUAGAAUCUGGAAUCCAUCUGUUCACCUACGCUACUCGGGCAGAGUACAGAAGUGAAACUUGUCGUUUCUAAACAGCAGGUUACUCCUGUUGGCUUUUCAAUCCCUUUAAAGAAAAUAGCACGACCCUUUACUUGCUACCCUUUGUAAUAAGGGCUGGUGCGAGGUGGACAGCUGUAUUGUUUUUUUUGGAGCUAUGAACAAGAAGCCUUAAUUAGAAUUUGUUUGGGUGGUAUGGUUAAAAUUCUACCAGUAUCCUUUUUUAUUUUGACAGUGUAAUAUUAUGUCAUAUACUACAGCUUUAGGCCAUUAGGUCAUGUUUUAUGCAGUUCGCAACAUUUGGGAGAGCUGGUUAUUUAAAAGCAUUUAUUUUUUCAUUUUUUAAAUUCUGAAUGAGUUAUCCUACAACAUGCAUGUUUUUUCAAAAUUAGUGAGAUUUAAUCUUCUUCUAACAGCCCAUUGUUAAAAAAAACUUUGGUCCUAAACGAGUGGAUUGUUAAGUUACAUUAAGUGGAAGCUCUUGAAAGCUGGAAGGUUAUUCACUGUCCCUCCAGCAGGUGGUGCUGUUCUGACCCCAUCAGUGUGGUAGCAGCCAGCAUUGUCAUUGAUUGACAUCAUGCAUUAAUAGCUGCUGUUUAAAAAUGCAUUGAGUUCAAGAGCAAUAGCAUCAAUUCAGAAGAGGCAAAUCUCAACGGGGCUAACUUUGCAAAGCAAUCAGCGUUGCACUGUGUGCGGUGGCGAUGGAAAUAGAAAUGAUAAUUUAUACAAUGGGAAAAUUGCAAACACAGAAAAGGUGUUCUGGGUGUAAGAAAGUGGCUUUAACCUCCACAAGAGCUGAGAGAGAGCCAUUAGUGAUACAAAAAAAUUUGGGGAAUAAUUCUUUUCAUGCCAGACGUGUUAAUAUUUUCAAGCAGAAAUGUCAUGGUCACUUAUAACACGGGAAACACAGGAUGUGAGUAUAUUUUCCCCUCUUGCACCUAUUUAUUGGGAUAGUGUGGGGGGCGAAUUGUCAAGUACUCAAUAAAAGUGGAAUGAUGGUUGAACAAGAGCACCAAAGCUUAGAUAAUACCCUUUUUCUCUUUGGAAAGUUGAAAUGGUAUAAAAAAUUACCAUAAAGGCUUACUGGGUGUGGCAUCGUGAUUACAUAACACAGGUCACUAACAGGAACCAGUCCUUUAUGUGUGUGACAGUAAUCCUGCGUGGAGUAGCAGCGGGGCUGGGCGUACAGAUGGUGUUGAGAAAAGAGCUGUGUAGCCCUGCCUGUUCCUUUACGAACAGGGCAGUGGAGAGUCAGGAUGAGUCCUACCAGGAAAGCCCAGCUACAGCUGCUGCAGUUCUCCCUGUGAGGGAGGUUCUGGGCCCUGACUGCUCCAACCCCCCCCACGCUGUAUAAAUGGCUAUCGGUCAACUCCAGGUCAGCCACAGUGCGUGCGGGUCUCACAGGAGGAAGAAAAGCUCUGGCCUCCUGAGCUUCUUAGCUCUGAGUUUGGGCUUUAACACUUACUUUCCUUGCAACUCGCAAAAUCCACACAUGAAAAACCAAGUGAAUCACGCCGCACCCUGAAAGGAUCCUGUAAUGGGGGGAGUGUUCCUCUCUCCUAUCGAAAGAUGUCCAGUUCUAGCUUAUUCUACACCUCUUCCAGCCCGCAGAGGUGCUGGCCGCAUGGUUCUUCCUUUUGAGCCCAGCCUGGGUGUGAAGUGGUGCUUCUCUGUCUGUCUCCCACAGUCCUCGGGGGCGGAGGACCCCCCCCACCCGUCACCAAAGCACGUCAAACAGAUUGUAUUCUGUGCCUUGGCUCAUGGAGUCGGCCUCUCGCACCUGCCGUUUUUGUUCCAAAAAGCACAGUACCAGCUUUCUAAAAAAAAUGUCUAAUCUACCCUCCUCAUUCUCUCAGUCUUUUCCCAGGGUAUUAAGCUUCAUUUAGCUUUUUUUUUAAAGACAUUUAGCUUCUUUUGUCACCUUCUCACGUCCUGCUGCGAGUGCUGCUGGGGUCAUGGUAAGGGGCUUCACUGAAAGCGUCACCCUUUGCUUUUUUGUUUAUAACACAUUAGGCUUUGCCGCCACCACUUUAAUCGGUUUCCCAGUGUUAUAGCAAGGAAUUAAAAAGCAAAGUUUGUGUUUCGUACUUGUUCAAAGGUUCCCUGUUGAUGUUUGUCACUCCAAGCUCUAGGCUUUUCAAAAUUGUGGAAGUUUACAGUUCUAUGUACCCUCCCCCUCACCCUCAUUUACUUUUUAUGUGUAUGAAAAUGGUUUCCAAAGACCCAAUUAAAAAAAAGUAUUCAAUUA